GCAGCUCCUCCUCCCACAGAGACUGUUUAUCGAGAAAGCUGAGCUGUGUCGCCCUGACAAAAACAAGGGCUGGGACUCCAGCGAGGGGGAGCAGUGUGCCUGACGCGUUCAGCAUAGGCUCUUCAUCCAUUUUAAACCAUUUUCCAUUUAAUUUUUUUUAGACAUUAGCACAUACUAGCGCACUAUGUUGCCCGACGCUAUUUAUUCACCCGAUCAGCUUUGCAAAAUGUUUUUGUCUUUGCACUUUCUUUUGCUGAGCGUCGCUUUUGUGGACGGCAGCGCAUCAAUUGCUGAAGACUGUGUGAGAUCCAACGGUGUGCAGUACAGAGGCGAGCAGCGGAGCUCCUCCGCAGGGCUGACCUGUCUCAUCUGGACCAACUGUACCAGAGACUAUGAUGUUCAAAGCCAUACUGAUUCAGACUCAGGUAUUGGGGACCACAAUUACUGCCGUAACCCAGACUCAUCAGAGAGGCCUUGGUGCUACAUUGCUGGCCCAGAUGGGAUGGUCCAGAGACAGUUCUGCUCCAUUCAGCCCUGCAGUGAGCAACCCUCCACUGUGGCACCAGUGGCUGAAAACCUCAGCCCACCAGGAGCUACUGCUCACCUGGAGAUAUUUGAGCCAGCCAAGUCAGGACCCGCUCAGGGAGGAGGGGUAGCUGCUGUCCAGCCGGUUAUGGGCAUCAGCCAGCGAGUGCGCACUGGACCCAAAAAGAAGAAGGACCUAGGCACCCUGGGCUACGUUCUUGGCAUCCUAAUGAUGGCCAUUAUUAUUGUCCUGGGAGUGGGCAUCACAUUUGGCUACUUCUAUAAGAGGGGCCGGGACCUGAAGAAGCAGCACGAGCAGCGUGUGUAUGAGCGAGAGAUGCAGAGGAUCACCUUGCCCCUGUCAGCCUUCUCCAACCCCACCUGUGAGCUGGUUGAUGAAAACACCAUCGUAAUCACAGCGGAGCACGAGCCGACCCCCGGCCAGGAAGCAGUGGAAGGGGGCGAUCCCCUCAUGGGCCAGCAGGCUGGCACCCCAGGAGCCUGAGCGUGAGCGUAGUCUUCAAAUGGGACAUGGAAACAUUUUAGUGGACCAGAACACUCCCAUCUCCUCUCCAUCCCCACAAAUAACCUCUGUUUUUCAAGGUCUAAAAGGAGCAGCGGAGCAGUGUCGGCCUCCCUGAGGGUUCAGCUGAGCUCUGUGUCCUUUGUGUCCCCUUUUCUCUGUUUUUUACACAGCUGUGUCACAAACAGGGGGAUAAGCUGACAUGCAGUGCACACAGAUGAGGAGAUAUUUCACAAUUAUUGGUAAACAUUAAGGAGAACCUGAUUGGUUGGACAGUUGUGUACACUUAUACAUCUCAUGAAUACUCACUCCGGUAUUUGAUAUCCAUAUUUGAUAUCCAAGAAAAUAUGAGAUAAUACUAUUACUGUCCAGUGAAAUGGAUAAUGACCAAUCAAUGUUUAUGAUGAUGUGUGAUUAAGAGUUGCUGUUUGGAAUGGGGGAACAUUUAUAGCCUUUUUCCUUGAUUUUAUUUUUGCAAGUUGAGAAUGUGCUCAGCGAUGUGGGCUGUGUUAAUGUUAUGAGUAUGCUUGCAUGCAGAUACUCAUCCCCAUUGGUCCACUGGCUGUGCUGAGGGUGAUGUGGACAAGAAGCGUGUACAUCUGUAUGAACUGGACUUUGUUUUGGAGACACUCUGUUGACACAGAUGUGAGAGUUUGUGUUUCCAAAAAUAGUCAGGCCCCUCAGCGAUAGGAUGAGGGAGCAUGAGUUGAAACGGAUUUACUAAAGAAAAGGGAGCACCUCCCACCCAGAAAUUGCCUUAGCAUGAUACUUUUGAAUGUAUUUGUUCAUCAUUUCCCUGAUGAUUUUUUUCUGCUUGUGUUCAGCCGGUUAAGGUUGCAGGAGUGGUCGAAGGCAGACACAUAACAGGGCAUUCCCUUUACUUCCACAGGUUAAGGAGUGACAGGAAACACAGCACGCUCUCAGUUUACAUGGGAGACAGUAGUUAGUCCUCAGGACAAAAUAGCACUGCCACAGCACGCGACAGGUCAGCCUACGAUCGGGACAGUCUGAGCGCUGCCUUUGCAGGACAGAACAGCAGAGUCUGUGAAGUGUUGAAGCCUGGUGCUUUGAUUAGAUUCAGACGUCUGAGUUAUGCACUCGAUGCUUCAGGGUAGAGAGAGGAACAGAGUAGAGCAGAAGUCAGUGUAAAGUUCGGUGUUGUGCGACAACCUUAAAUCAUAAGACGACUGCAUGUACAUGGUUACCUGUGUUUUAUAUUUAGGGGCCAUUUGCUUAAGGAAGUGUAGAACUGUUCAAGGUGGGAGGCGUUUACAAAAUACUUGCCCGAAGAUAGAUAUCACCUUACAGAGAAGAUUUUAGUUAUGCAAUCCAGACAUCACAGCCUCUUUUGUUCUUCUCAGUAUUCUGCUAGUCUUUUUCUUCAACAGUGCAAAGCUCUAGCUGACCUUGCUUUGUGGUCAUUUCACUUAUAGAAUCUGCAUCACUGUUAAGCUAUGGUAACUGCUGUAAUUAUCAUUUUAUCAAAGUACACAAUGUGUCCAAAGCACUGUUGCUCAUCAUUUGAAAUUAGUACUUGUAUUUGUAUGAUUGGCAGAUUUUUACUGCUGUGACCGAAAUAAAACAUUUGGAAAGUCAAA